GGCGCCGUCGCCGUGGCGGACCCGCCUGCUCCUGCCCCCUCCCCUCCCCUGCCUGGUGCCUCUGCGAUGCGUUCCUUUCAGACUUUGUUUAUAUCCGUCGCUCCGCCGCGGUCCGUCUAGCGCAGAGAAUUUGCGCCCGGCGUGUUCUCCACUUGCUCGCCCCUGGACAAACAAAACCCAAACAACCACCAAAAAAAAACAAAAAAACUUUGGAUGUACUCUUUAUUUUUUCUUCUUCUUCUCUCACCCCUCGUCUUCGAGCAGGAGCCAGGGAGAAGCAACGCAAUUCGACGGGACAUGUUUGUGCUGCCGCACCGCGGGCAGAAUACACGGCAAAGCGCCUGUGCCAUGUAGCGACACUCUCCAAGUGGAAAUCCGCCCUGGAAAUACGGCGCGCAGCAGAGAACCUGAGUUAUUUUUACUUGAAGGGGGCAAGCGACAGAUCUGUUGUGAAGAGCGUCGUCGCUGUGUGGUUCCUCGGUAAGAAGCGCAGGGGGGGUGGUGGGGGGUUGUCGAGGACAAGAAGUGCGAGACAAGAGAGGCGAUAUGCGGCAGCUGCUUUUGCACUUCGUCUCCUGGAAUUAGUGGAUGCCUGGGAGAAGGGAGCGGCAGUCGCCUCGAACCGGGGAAACAGAACGUACUGCGCAGAGCUCCGCGGUGGUACACAAUGGAUACGUGUCCGUCUCUGAAGGUGAAAGAGUGAACGGAUGAGAAGGAGCACUUCUUCCUCAGCACACACACAGACAUCACCUCGCAACGCUCAUCAGUGGGAGGAGGAGAAAGACUUGGGAUUGUUUGCUGCCCGCAAAAGGAAUUCAAGGCGACCUGAUAAACCCAACAGAGACAAAUGUGACAACUACUGAGAACAGCUGUUGAAUCAAUCAGACCACGUCUUCUCGCCUCGCGGCAGAAUGUGUUUGGAUACCUGACCUGACCAAACGACUGAUUACUGCUCAUCUCGCACUUUGAGUGUGAAUGUGUGGUCUUGGCGUAUUUCUGAGGCACCAUAUGGCACAAUCCGACACAUUAUAGGUCCACUUCUAUGAAUUAACAUGGACAAAGUGGUCAUCAUUCUCCUGCUUCUGGGAACCGCAGUUAUGAUGGUCCAUGCAUGUCCCAAAUACUGUGUUUGCCAGAACCUCUCAGAGUCUUUGGGGACACUGUGCCCCUCCAAAGGUCUGCUCUUUGUCCCACCGGACAUCGACCGCCGAACUGUGGAGGUCCGGCUAGGCGGCAACUUCAUCCUCAAGAUCACCCCUCAGGACUUUGCCAACAUGACAGGUCUGGUGGAUCUAACUCUGUCCCGCAACACCAUCAGCACCAUCCAGCCUUUUUCUUUCAUUGACUUGGAAACCCUCAGAUCCCUUCACCUGGACAGUAACCGGUUGACUGAGCUGGGGCCAGACGACCUUCGAGGGCUUGUCAACCUACAGCACCUGAUACUCAACAACAAUCAGCUAAAUUGGAUCUCCAAAGUAGCCUUUGAUGAUUUGUUACUGACACUGGAGGAUCUGGAUUUGUCUUAUAAUAACUUGCGCAGUGUGCCUUGGGAAGCCAUCCGCAAGAUGGUCAACCUCCAUCAGAUGAGUCUGGAUCAUAAUCUCAUCUCCUUCAUUGAUGAGGGGACUUUUACAGAUCUGGAUAAACUGGCCCGUUUGGACCUCACCUCCAACCGUCUACAGAAGCUCCCUCCAGACCCUAUCUUUGCACGAUCCCAGAGCAGUGUUUUGAUGAGCACUCCUUACACACCUCUGCUUUCUCUAAGUUUUGGUGGAAACCCAUUGCAUUGCAACUGUGAAGUGCUUUGGCUUCGAAGGUUGGAACGCGAGGAUGACAUGGAAACCUGCGCUUCUCCUGCUAAUGUGAAGGGGCGCUACUUUUGGUCUGUUCGUGAGGAGGAGUUUGUUUGUGAGCCCCCUUUGAUCACACAACAUACACACAAGUUACUGGUUCUGGAAGGUCAAACGGCUAGCUUACGCUGCAAAGCUGUUGGAGAUCCAAUGCCAACUGUGCAUUGGGUUGCUCCUGAUGACCGUUUGAUCAGCAACUCCUCCCGUGCAACGGUUUACGAAAAUGGCACCCUGGACAUUACAAUCACCACAUCCAAGGAUUAUGGUGUCUUUACUUGCAUAGCUGCAAAUGCUGCUGGGGAAUCUACAGCCUCCAUUGAGCUAUCAAUUAUUCAACUCCCUCAUCUGAGUAAUGGUACAAACCGUACCACACAGUCCAAGUCUGGGCUUUCGGACAUAACCAGCUCUACUAAGAUAAGUAAAGGGGAACCUAAACCUCUGCCAGAGAAGGUGGUGUCAGUAUCAGAAGUGACUGCGAUCUCUGCUCUGGUCAAGUGGACUGUUAGCAAAUCUACUCCAAAGGUCAAAAUGUUCCAGCUUCAGUACAAUUGUUCUGAGGAUGAAGUACUCAUUUACAGGAUGAUUCCCAUGACUAACAGAGCCUUCGUAGUCACAAAUCUUGUUCCAGGGAUGCAGUAUGACCUGUGCGUCUUGGCCAUCUGGGAUGACACCGCCACCACCCUUACUGCCACCAACAUUGUCGGCUGUGUCCAGUUCAUCACCAGGGAGGACUACCCACAGUGCCAGUCUCUUCAUAGUGGAUUUCUGGGGGGCACCAUGAUCCUGGUCAUUGGUGGCAUCAUUGUGGCCACGUUGCUGGUGUUCAUCAUCAUUCUCAUGGUGCGUUAUAAGGUGACCAGUGGUAUCCCCACUAAUAAAUUACCCACUGUAAGCAACACAUACUCGCAGACCAACGGAGGGUUGAACAGGUUCAACGGUGCUCCACCACAGGUCAAGUCUACAGUGGUGGUCAUGCGCGAGGAAAUGGUAGAGUUCAAGUGUGGAUCCCUCCAGAGCAGUCUCUCCUCCUCCUCUUCCUCCUCUAACUCAUUAGACAGCCAACCAGGGAGAGGGGCUGGCGACCGCUACAGCAUGCAGGGCAGCGAAUGCAACACCCUGCCCAGCAGCAAAUUCAGGAGGCAUGGUGCCAAAGCACGGCCAAACCUGGACCACCUUCUAGGGGCAUUCACCUCACUGGAGCUGCGAGGGGUAGCGAGGGACCAGCCAGGGACGUCUGGCCCUUCCACCACUACCAAUGCUAUGAUGACGGUGGCUAUUGCUCCCCCGUCUGAUAAAGAACCUCUGCUAGGAAGGGCCGAAUCUACCACCAUGCUGGGACGUCUCCUUGGGCUGCCCCAGGAGGGCAAACCCAAGAGGAGCCACUCGUUUGACAUGGGCCAUGUAGGGGCCACACAAAGUCGCAGCAGUUACCCUCGCAGGAUCAGUAACAUCUGGACUAAACGCAGCCUGUCUGUUAACGGCAUGCUCCUGCAGUAUGAUGACAGCGAGGACGAGAAGCCCACUUUUGAGAGCUCGGAGUGGGUGAUGGAGAGCACAGUUUGAAUACAGUCGGUCUAACUGUGAGGUCAUUGGUCAAACAAUCUAUCAGGAACUAAAGAAAACAUGAGUGCAGAGGAAGUGGUGUUCCUAUGGGAAUACAAUUUUGGGUAUGCAUGAAGUUCAUCCAUGUGAAUCCUGUCAAUGUAAUUAUGUGCGAAAAGACACUCAAAUGGAUGGAUUCCUGGCCGUGGUCUCAACUCUCUGACAGUCUCUAUCCGUAUUUGAAAAAAACAUAUUACCAUUUGAAACAACACAGAAUCUUGGAUUGUGAAGAUGCUGUAUAUGGCCCAUAAGGAAUAAUUCCCAGUCCAAAGGGCACAUGCGAGUAUGUCUGAGAAAAGGGAGUUCAAAGUAAGAUAAGAAAUUCAAAGUGGAUUUGCUAAGUCUUUAUCAAAAAACGCCGAGAGGAUUUGCCUCGACUGUGAAACUGAACUGAAUGUGGAUCACAAUGUCUUGGAUCCUCAGAAUGAAAUGGGACUACUCCAACAGUAGAAAGAAGGACCAGAGGAACGAGUAGAAAAUUAAAACAAAGUCAUCCUUAUUUUUAUCUGGGUUUUUCUAUCAUUUUUACUAUUUAUUAUUUGAGGUGAUUCAUCAGCAGGCAGAGGUAAAGCUCUGUAGUGAGGUUGUAGUUAAGUGAGCAAGGAACAAAGCUACAGUGCCCCGUAAUAUACUGCCAUCUCACAUAAUUUAACAAUACUUAAAAGUUUCAAUCAAUCUGAAACUUGACAACGAUGACGAAUAAAGGUCCUAAUCUCUAGAUAUCAGUAACACUGAACCAAACAAGCCAGUCUUGUUUUCUACCUCAGGUUAUGUAUCAUAUGAGGUUAUUUAUAUUAUAAAAGUGAAUAGAAAUACAACAAAAUCCAAAUGCACAUGGAUGGAUUACAAAAACAAAACACAAAGUACCUUAGUUGUUUGCAAAAGCUUCAAACAAUUAUUUAGUCUCAAACAAUUAAAUUCAUUAUGUUUCCAGCUUAGGUUUAAAUCCUGCUGCAACAAAAUGUCUCUGAAUGCUUUGAUAUGCUCUUCCCAUUGAUAAGCACAUGCGCCAGUAGUCCCUGGAGGCUAAAGGGCCAUUGAUGGAAACAGAGUGUUCUCUCAGGGUAUGGUUUCAGAUGCUAUCAGCACAUUCUACAGUAGCCAGAUGUGAAUGGUCUUUGAAAUCCAUAAGACCCACUUAAUCACUUGCCUAAAACCACAGCGGGAUGUAUCAUUGCUGUAAUUAUCUUUAGGCAACACAAUCGAGAGAAUGACAGUUACUCAUUUAGCCAGGUUAAAUGGGGCAAUGAGUCCAAAUUUACAUUCAUUAUCCUGAUUAAGGUCAUCAUGCUGUUUAGGAGAAACCGUUAAGAAAAGGAAAAGAAGGAUUAAUAUAUCUUUAAGGACCAAAUAGCUGAAAACGUCCUGGAAAGAAUUUUAUUUUACUUGGUUGAUUAAACCUUAAUUGGUUUAUGCAUUAUUAAAAUUGACUCAUCAGAGUAAUCCUUUAUCUUUCAUUCUCUUUCAUAUAAGAUUGUACAUUGCAGUGAAAUACUUUGAAUUAUUGGCUAUCAUGAUUAACCACGACAUCCCCACUCAUUUUGAUGCCUUUCUCAGAACCCUGUUGGUCUCUGCUGCAUUUCAAGAUGUGGGGUUGUCAUUAAUUUUUUAUUUUAGUUUUCUUCCCUAGGUGUACCGUUCUGUAUAUUGGCAUUUUUUUGUACAAUAACUGGGUGAGAAUGUAAAGGGAAGGGGCUGGGGCGGGGGGGUCGUGAAGUAGUACUUUUUUUUUCAUGUGAAGCAGUGAGACGGUACUUUACUGUGGUGUACCAUCUUGGUCAUUGUUAUUUGGCUCACUGGGAUGUUUUUUUUUUACAUGACAGCAAGUCAAGUAGAGAGAAGUGAAGGACUGGCCAUUUUUAAAUGGUCAAUUCACCCACAUUACAAAAAAAAAAGCAGGUUGUCUGGGUUAACUCUAGUUGUACUAAUCCUUGUAAAUAAUAUUUGUUUUAUUUGCUCUGGGUUUGAUAUGUGCUUCUAUGAGAUUUCUACCUUUACUGCAAUAUAUCCGGGGAUAGGGUCUUCAAUAUGACAAUGUGAGACAAUAUUUGUCAAAUGUCAGAGAUCUUGCCAUAGUGUUUAAACCAUAGUAUGUGUCCCUUCUGGCUGUAUUAGGUAAUACAAAGGCAACAUUGGAUAUGUUAAAGAAUAAUGGUGGCAUUAAGAUUUAUAUAUAUAUAUAUUAUUUUUUUUUACUGUCAACUAAUCAUAUGAAAGGACCAGUGAAUUGAUCCUAGAACAAAAUACUGUCUGUGUAUUUAAUUCCCAAUAUAUUUUAUUCCUCUGUGCCAUAGAGCUCCAUUGUUGUCCAAAAAUAUUAAAAACACAUCAGUGAGCUACACUGUUGAACCGGGUCACAUGUUCCUUCAUUACCAUUCAGACAAACACACACACACACACACACACACACACACACACACACACACUAGUUUAGUUGGAGUCAAUCCAACACUCACUCUAGUUUGACUAGAGUAAUGUUUCUAAUGCUAAAGACUACAGCGCCCAUCGGUUUUAAAAAAAAUUACUGGACAUGAGCUUGAGUUCAUUAUUUUGUUGUUGUCUUUGGUCUUUUCAUGAGAUGUGUUGUUAAUAAGAAGAAUACGGAAUAUCACCCUCCUCAUCCUUUAAAUGUGUCUCGUAUUCUAUUUGGUGAACAAGCCAAGACAGUCCCCAAGAGAAUUGAUUUUCCAGAAAUCACAAUGUCCUUAGAUAUUCCUUCAUAAAAUAUCAUACACCAUGUUAGGAUUUUAACCAUAUUGCCUAAGGCCAGAGUACAGUGGAAGUAGAAGGUUUUGAAACCCAACACAACCAACUUUAUUACAUUAACUCUGAAUUAAUUUUUCUUUCAUUUUUGAUUAAAUAGAUCAUUGUUUUCAGGAAACGUAUUUGGGAAAUGUCUGGGAAAUUACAGACCAGUAAAAACAUGUGGUAACAGGUUUAGUGACAUAUAUAAAGUCUACUGAAAUCUUUUCAGAAAAAGGUAUUUGGGUGAUCGGACCUUGUUUCUGUCACGUUGCUGAAUUAUUUUAAAUGUGAUUUUUAAAUGCUUAGAGGAGAGAAAAAAAAACAUCCAUCUCAAAGACAGAUAUCUCAAAACCUGAACAAACUAAAACUAUCUUUAUGGAUAGACAAGAGGUAAAUGGGGAAAAAAGGGAUUUUUUCUGUGAUCUGGGUGAAUGAACCCUUUAACUUCUCUACUUGUGGCAUCAUGUAACAUCCCUUUCUACUGUGCUAACUAAGAACACCACUUAAGUGUGUACUUGACUCGUAAUAGACAUGAUUCUCACAAGGUUCUAGGCUAAAAACAAGAAUAAGAAAAACUGUUUCUGUGUAAAAAAACAUUUUGCUACAAAAGAAUAUAAAAUACUGAUUAAUUCCUAUGAA